UUGUAUAAUUGGGUCACCAGAACAUCGGCACUCAAAGCAAAAGUUGAUGAAUUAAAAACAAAUUUAGCUAAAGUUCAAGAUGAACGUACACAAAUGCAACAAGAACGCGCACAAAUGGAAGCAGAAGCCCAAACAAAAUCAGAACAAGUAGCUCAACAAUUGGAUAAACUCGCCACAGAACUUAAAGAAUUAGGACAAAGUAGUGAUGUAGAUUCCGAACAAACAAUUCAUGCUACAGUACAUACUUUUGGUCGAGUUCGUAAACUAGAAAUCAUAGCAGAUGAUGAUGAAGAUGAAGUUGAUUAUAAUAGGUUAUGGCGUAUACCAAGAGUUAGGCAGUAUUGGCAUAUAGAUACUCUUCAUAGAGAAGCUGGAGAAAGAGUUUCUAGUUUUGCUGAAUUAUUUUGGGAUCUUAUUUUCGUUGCUGUUGUACAAAAUCUUGGUCAUAUAUUAGUUGAAGAUAUUUCUUUUGGAACUAUCUAAAGAUUUAUUAUCACAUUGUAAAUUUAUUAAGUUUUCUCUCAAGCUUUGUUAAGGACUUUU